UUUAUUGCAUGGAAAUAAUAAUACAAAAAUCUUCCUGACAUGUAGCUAUUCUUGUGUUUUAUCCAGUUCCACCAGCAGAUGGAGAGCGUGUUUUCCGCUCCCCGCUGUGGACUUCGCCUGACAGCGGGGUGGAGUUGUUGGGAUGCGAACUUUUCUGAAGACUACUCCCUUCAUUCUUGACUUUCACAAACUCCUCGGCAGCCUGGAGUAAAGACUCCUCAGCGUCUUCCAGGAAAAACGGGCACCUCUCUGGGAGAUGAGGGUCUUUAUCUUCUCUCUAGCAGCUUUAGCGCUGUGGAGUCCUGUCAGGGCCCAGGAGCCGGAGUUUGGAGAUGUGUGCACGGAGGGCAGCUGCUACCCCGCCACGGGUGACCUGCUGAUCGGCAGGGCGCACAAACUCGCCGCCUCCUCCACCUGCGGCCUCCAGGAGCCCAAGCGCUUCUGCAUUGUCGGACACCUGGAAGAGGAGAAGAAAUGUUUCAUAUGUGACUCCGGGGAGAAGUACGACGAGGACAACAACCCCAUCAGCCAUACGAUUGAGAACGUGGUCACCACCUUCGCCCCCAACCGCCUCAAGACCUGGUGGCAGUCUGAGAAUGGUGUGGAGAAUGUAACUAUCCAGCUGGACCUGGAGGCCGAGUUUCAUUUCACACACCUCAUCAUGACCUUCAAGACGUUUCGUCCUGCUGCCAUGAUGAUUGAGCGGUCCAUGGAUUUUGGGGAAACAUGGCAGGUUUAUCGAUACUUCGCCCAAAACUGCGAGUCUGUCUUUCCCGGCAUUUCCACUGGACCGAUGCGUAGAGUGGACGAAAUCAUCUGUGACACCCGCUACUCAGACUUUGAGCCAUCCACAGAGGGAGAGGUGAUAUUUCGGGUGCUGGAUCCUGCUUUUGAGAUUGAUGACCCCUACAGCUUGAGGAUACAGAACAUGCUGAAGAUCACAAACCUCAGAAUAAAGUUCAUCAAGCUGCACACGCUGGGCGACAACCUGGUGGAUUUCAGGGAGGAGGUGACGGAGAAGUACUACUACGCGCUCUUCGACAUGGUGGUCCGAGGGAACUGCUUCUGCUACGGCCACGCCUCCGAGUGCGCGCCUGUGGAAAGAGGACAGGGCAGACAUGAAGGCAUGGUUCAUGGCCGCUGCGUUUGCAACCAUAACACCGAGGGGCUGAACUGUGAGCGCUGCCAAGAGUUUUACCACGACCUGCCAUGGAGACCUGCAGAGGGCCGAAACACCCACGCCUGCAAAAGAUGCGAGUGCAAUCGGCAUUCCUCGUCGUGUCACUUCGACCUCGCCGUGUACAUUUCAACCGGUAACGUCAGCGGAGGCGUGUGUGACGACUGCCAGCACAACACAGUGGGCCGGCAGUGCGAGCAGUGUGUGCCUUUCUUCUACCAGCACCCCAACAGAGACCUGAGAGACCCUAACAUCUGUGAACCAUGUAACUGUGACCCGGAGGGAUCCCUGCAGGGCGGACUGUGUGACUCGCGGACUGACGUGGCGGCCGGGCUGAUCUCGGGUCAGUGCCGGUGUAAACUCCACGUGGAGGGAGAGCGCUGUGACCACUGCAGACAGGGACACUACGGGCUGGGACAGGGGCCAGACGGGUGCCUGCCUUGUUCCUGCAACAGCCUGGGAACGAUGCCAGGAGGAAACCCCUGCGAUUCAGAAACAGGACAGUGCUUCUGCCGGCGACUUGUCACCGGUCAUAACUGUGAUGAGUGCCUGCCAGAGCACUGGGGUCUGGCGAAUAACAUGGAUGGUUGUAGACCGUGUGACUGCGACCAGGGAGGAGCAAUCAACAACAACUGUGACCCCCAGUCAGGUCAGUGUGUUUGCCGGGCGCACAUGUUCGGACGCCGCUGCGAUCAGGUCGAGUCCGGAUUCUACUUCAUCUCUUUGGAUCACUACACGUAUGAAGCAGAAGAGGCUCAACACGGCCCUGGGGUCAAAUCCGUUGCGAGGGCCUAUCCUCAGGACCGAAGCCCCACAUGGACCGGGAUGGGCUUUGCUCAUGUUCCUGAAGGCGGCUACAUAGAGUUCAAUGUCAAUAACAUCCCACAGUCAAUGGACUACGACAUACUUGUUCGCUAUGAGCCGCAGCUGCCGCAGCAGUGGGACCAGGUGACCGUUCGGGUCGAGCGCCCCGUCUUCAACCCGCCGAGCUACACCGCUCACUGCAGCGACUCCGCCCAGAGCGGAGACGAGCAGUUCAUCUCUCUCCCACCUGGAUCCAGGCAUGUGCUGCUCGUGAGUCCGGUGUGUUUGGAGAAAGGACUGAACUACACGAUCCGUCUGACUUUCCCGCGGUACUCUUCGGUCAGCCACAUCCAGAAUCCACACACGCUCAUCGACUCUCUGGUGUUGAUGCCCCGGGUCAGAGAGAUGGAAAUGUUUCAUGGGACGGAGGGUGAGGAAGCGUGGGACACGUUUCAGCGCUACAGAUGUUUGGAAAGCAGCCGCAGCGUCAUCAAAAGCCCGAUGACGGACAUCUGCAAUGACUACAUCUUCAGCAUCUCUGCUCUGCUGCACAAAGGAGCAAUGACUUGCCACUGCGACCCUCAGGGUUCCCUCAGCGCCGUGUGCCAUCCCAGCGGCGGUCAGUGUCGAUGUCGACCCAACGUGGUGAGCAGAAACUGCGACCACUGCGCUCCGGCUACGUUCCUGUUCAGUCCUGCUGGCUGCAGAUCUUGUGACUGCGACCCGCUGGGCUCCGUCACUCCGUUCUGUCACGAAUCAACUGGUCAGUGUGAGUGUGUACAGGGAGCCACGGGACGCCAGUGCUCUCACUGCUUACCGGGUUUUUGGGGGUUCCCUCAGUGCCGACCGUGCCAGUGUAACAGCCACAGCGAGUACUGUCACCCUCAGACCGGAGAGUGUCAGGGGUGCAGAGACUUCACCACCGGACAUCACUGUGAGAGAUGUAUAAAUGGUUACCAUGGUGACCCAGAGCUGGGAUCAGGGAGCCACUGUCGCCCCUGCAUGUGUCCAGACGGACCCCGCAGUGGUCGGCAGUUUGCGGACAGCUGUUACCUUCUGACCGAUCAGCUGGUGUGCGUGUGCAGCCACGGCUACAAAGGAACCAGGUGUGAUGAGUGCGCCCCGGGUUAUUAUGGGAACCCUCUGAUUCCCGGCGGCCGCUGCACGCCCUGCGAUUGUAACAACAACAUUGACAUGCACGACCCGGGAUCCUGCGACGUCCGCACAGGUGCCUGUCUGAAAUGUCUAUACCACACGCAGGGCCACUCAUGCCAGCAAUGCAAACCGGGAUAUUACGGCGACGCCUCCAAGCAGAGCUGCCGGAAGUGCAUGUGCAACUCUUCGGGAACGAAAUCUUCCGCCUGUCCAUCCCCUGACGACUGCCGCUGUGACCAGCGUAGCGGCCAGUGCUCCUGCCUGCCCAACGUGGUCGGGCAGAACUGUGACCGCUGCGCUCCCAAUACAUGGAACCUCGCCAGCGGAACGGGCUGCGAACGCUGCGACUGCGACCUUGUCCACUCUGUCGGGUCUUCCUGCGAUGUGGUUACGGGUCAGUGUAUGUGCAAACCGGGUUUCAGUGGCAGGACGUGCCGAGAAUGCAAAGAGCUGUUCUGGGGAAAUCCAGAGGUCAAAUGUCACGCUUGUGACUGUGAACCCCGGGGAAUCUCCAGUGGUCAGUGCCAUCGAGCCACAGGGCAAUGUGCCUGCUUGGAAGGCUUCUCCGGCCCUCGCUGUGACACAUGCGCCAGGGACUACAAGGGGAAGUUCCCCAUCUGCGAACCCUGCCACCAGUGCUUCUCCGUCUGGGACAGCGUCGUAGGCGAGCUGACCAAUCAGACUCACCGUCUGGAGGCCCAAGUUACCGAGCUGCUAACCACUGGAGUGACGGCGCCGUACAAGGAGCUGAUCAGCAGUCUGGAGAGAAACGCCAAGGCCGUCAGGGAGAUCGUGCAAAACAAGACCGCUUCAGAGAAGCUGGAGAAAGUCCAAGACCUGAUAAAUCAGAUCACUGGAGUGGUGUCGUUCCUCAACGGGAAUCUGACCGCAACGCAGGAAAAACUGAAUGGUGUCAACGAUGAAGCAAACGCAACAGAAACAAACUUGGAUGUACUGACCGAGGAGGCCAACAAGCUGGAGCAACACGUCCAAAAGCUCAUACAGCAAGUCCACAACAUCAAGAACGCCAACAUCCAUGGAGCCAUGAACACAAUUUCUGCUGCACACAUGGAGUCCCAAGAUGCAGAGCUUCGCUCCAAUGCCGCAACCAGUGAUCCUGGCAACAAGCUGGAGCAGUCGGCUGCAUUACGGAAAGCCACUGAGGACAAACUGAGCAGCAGUCAGAGGGAGUUUGACCGGAAACACCAAAGAAACGCGCAGAAGCUGGACAAGCUGUCCAAAGAGUUGGACAAGUUUGACUUGUCCCCACUUAGUGAGAAGAUGUGUGGUGGAUCAGGGGAAGGGGAGAGCUGCUUCACCUGCGGCGGAUUCGGGUGUGUCAGGGAGGACGGAGCGCCCCACUGUGGAGGGGAGGGAUGCAGCGGUUUCGUCACAACAUCUCAAACGGCCCUGAAAUCCUCCCAGAAGCUGGACCAGGACAUCCAGCAGGCCAUGGAGGAGGUGGACAAGCUGUCCAGGAUGGUUUGGGAAGCAAACAAACGCGCAAAUGAGGCCAAAGCGAAGGCGAUGGAUGUGCUGAUCUCGUCCAAUCGCAGCAAAGAGAGAGUAGAGCAGAGCAACAAGCAACUACGAGAUUUCAUCAAAGAGAUCCGCGACCUUUUGACCAAUGAGAAGGCAGAUGCUUCUGUGAUCGAGGCGGUGGCCAAUGAGGUGCUGGCUCUGAAGAUGCCGACAUCGGCAGAGAAGCUGCAGGAACUGACCAAUGAGAUCAGGGAGAAGGUCGGCACUCUGACCAGCGUGGAGGAGAUCCUCAGUCAGAGCGCCAAGGACAUCCGAAGUGCAGAAUCUCUCCUGACUCGGGCCAAAUCAGCAAGUAAGGAGGCAUCAAAUAUGACGGAGAUGGCGCACACAGUGAAGGCGACGCUGGAAAAGACUGAGCAUGCUCAGAGCAUCGCCAGGGACGCCAUUCAGCUGGCCAAUGACAACACAAAAGAAACCACAGACCUGAUCAACUCUGUCGAGUCAGAGACGGUACAAUCGGAGCUGAAGCUCAGUCAGACCACCGGUCGCCUGUUGGAGCUGGAGCAUGAGCUGGGCCUGCUGAGGCAGAACAACCUGGAGAUGAACCAGAAGGUGGAAACGGCUGAGCGGGUCUCUGAACGGGCCAAAGCGAUCGCAGAAGAGGCUCAAAAGGAGUUUGAUGAGGACCUAAAGGAUAAACUGGAGGUGGUGGAAGACCAUCUGGAGGGUAAAGGGGAGUCGGUGCUGCAGGCGAGGAGCAAAGCAGACGAGCUGCAGCGAGAAGCCAGAGAGCUGAUCACACAGAGCAACAGCAAGCUGCAGAGACUCAGAGAGCUGGAGAACUCCUACGAGGCCAACCAGCAGAUUCUGGAGGAGAAAGCAGAAGAGCUGGCUGAGCUGGAGCGAACAGCCCGCCUCAUCCUGGAUGAGAUCAGUCAAAAAGUGUCGCUUUACAGCAGCUGUCAGUGAUCAAAUCAUCACCAGCAGGGAAAGCUUAAACCAUGUCACCCUUUAAAGUUGCCAAAAAAAAAAAA